UGUAAUGUUAGAGGGCAAGGGUACGAUAAUGGAGCUAAUAUGACCGGAAAGAAUAAAGGGGUGCAAAAGAGACUACUAAAGGUAAAUCCUCGAGCUUUUUAUAUGCCAUGUGCUUGUCAUAGUCUUAACCUUGCACUUUGUGAUAUGGCCAGUUCAUGUCCUAGAGCAGUCUCCUUUUUCCAAGUGGUGCAACAUAUAUAUAACUUCUUCUCAGGAUCUACAAAACGUUGGACGGUGUUUAAGAAACAUGUAAAAGGUCUUACGGUUAAACCAUUAUCAGAUACUCGGUGGGAGAGUCAUAUAGAAGCUAUCAAAGCAAUCCGAUUUCAAGCUCCCGAAAUACGAGAUGCCUUAAUAGAGCUGCAAGAAAAAUUAAGGUCUCUUGAUGAUAGUACCUUACGGAAUUCUUGUGUGAAACUUGAAAAGUACCUAAGCUAUGAAAUGGAAUUCGAUAUCAAUGGGGAUGAGUUAUAUACGGAGUUGAAGGUUUUGCGAAGUUUUUUGCCUAACGAAACAAAAAAGGCUAUUGACGUGUUGAGUUUCUUAACAAAUAUGGGUGGCUUCUAUUCAAAUGCGUCUAUUUCAUAUAGAAUUUUAUUGACAAUCCCUGUUACAGUUGCAUCUGCAGAAAGAAGUUUUUCGAAGUUAAAGUUGAUCAAAUCCUACCUUCGAUCAACGAUGUCUCAAGAAAGAUUAAACGGACUAGCGAUGUUAUCCAUUGAAGCAGAUAUGCUAAGUAGUAUUGACUAUGAUAGUAUUAUAAAUGAGUUCGCAUCCGUAAAUGCGAAAAGGUCGAUCUUUACGUCCAUUACUAGUAUUGUAUCUUCUUGAACAAAAUGAUAAAUGUUUGGUAAUAUUAUACUCAUAUCAUCAUGUGUUAUCAGGUA